AGACGAGACGGACCGGUGACUGUGAGCUAGUGGAAGAUGAUGGUGAAGAAUAUGGUGGUGAUUGUGUUGGUGGUGGUGUGUGGGCUGGUACUGGCUAGCGCGGAGCCACAGUUUAGUGGCGGCUCGGGCGGCUGCCGGCCGGGCACGGUCACCCAGCAGGACUGCAACACGUGCAGGUGCCUGCCGUCCGGGGGGCUGGCCUGCACCCGAAAGGCCUGCCUCGGAGGACCCUCCAGCGGCGGCGGCGGCCGACCCCGUCCCAUUCCUCUCCCCGGAAACUCCAAUGGAAAUGGACGGUUCCCUCCCAACUUCGGAGGAAACUUUAAUGGAAAUGGGCGGUUUCCGUCGAAUUUCGGUGGCUUUGGAAACGUCUUCAGGGUAUAUAACGCUUCGCCAGCCGCCUGCCACAAAUACGCCGGCUUCAGCUUCCACGAAAGUGACAAGAUCAUCCCCGCUAAAAAGAAGAAAAACGGACAGAAUCACGGAACUGCAUGA